AUGGCAGCAACAAGGAGAAGUCCAGUCGCGCUCGGAGUCCUGCUCUGGGCGCUCCUUUGGUGCCAGGUGCAGGCGUUCUAUAUCCCUGGAUGGUCCGUCAAGUCGUACCACCAAAACGAGCCGAUCCCCCUGAUGGUCAACAAAGCAUACUCGGACAACACACAGCUACAGUAUGCCUACAACGACCUCCCCUUCGUCUGCCCCCCUACCGGCCACCACCACCCCGGCGCAGGUCUCUUCUCGGGCCAGAGCAUCUCGCUCAACCUGGGCGAGGUCCUCCGCGGCGACCGCAUUGUCAUAUCCGAUCUCGAGCUGGCCAUGCUCAAGGACCAGGAGUGCAGCCUGCUGUGCAACCGCGAGAUCAACAGGCAGGACAUGAAGUGGGCGCGGGAUCUCGUCCGCGACGGCUAUGUUGUCGAGUGGAUCGUGGACAACCUGCCUGGCGCUACGAGCUUCGUCACCGUCGAUAAGACGCGCAAGUACUAUGCUGCCGGCUUUAAGCUGGGAUUUACCGAUACCUCCUCGGGCAAACCACGUCACUUCCUCAAUAACCACCACACUAUCGUGAUCCGAUACCGAGACGCGCCGGGCAAGGCAGGCGGGCGGGGCGACAAGGUCAUUGUCGGGUUCGAGGUCUACCCCAAGAGCAUCGGUCCGGCCAACAGGCGGAACAAGGACGGCUGUCCCACGGACCUGCAGAACGUCGAAGAGGCUUUCGAGCUGUACAUGGCCCCCAACGACACGGUCAAGGACGCCGCCUACGAGCUCUGGUCACAGUCCUCGUACCAGCCCGAGAUCGACCUGGAGAACCUGGACGACGACGCGAGGACCACCAUCCCCUUCACCUAUUCGGUGUACUUCCGCGAGGACAGCACUAUCGAGUGGGACAGGAGGUGGGACCUGUACUUUGUGAACCAGGAGGAGGGCUCGCGGAUCCACUGGCUCGCCAUCGUCAACUCCUUCAUUAUCUGCGGCUUGCUCACCGGCAUCGUCCUGAUGAUCCUUGCCAAGACCGUGCGGACCGAUAUCAAAGCAUACAAGGACGCACGUGCCGAGGAGGGCAAGCUGCGGAUCAGAAGGACGCCGAGGGUGGCGGUUGCUGAAAAGGCCCCUGGGCUGCUUGACCAAGGCACCGGCGGCGGCGAGGUCGAUAACGAUGCGGACGACGGGCAUUACUCGGACGAUGAGGCGCUGGAGGACGUGACGGGCUGGAAGCUGCUGCACGCCGACGUGUUCAGGGCGCCCAGGUUCGGGUGGAUCCUGGCGCCCCUGGUCGGGUCUGGCAUGCAGCUCCUCUUCAUGGCCGUGGGGCUCGUGGCCCUGAGCGCGCUGGGCAUCCUGAACCCGAGCCUGCGGGGUGGAUUCAUCAGCUUCGGCUUCGGGCUGUUCAUCUUUGCGGGCCUUUUCUCGGGUUACUACUCGGCCAGGGUGUACAAGACCUUUGACGGGCAGGACUUUGUCAAGAACGCGCUGGUGACGGCCGUGCUCUUCCCAGGCCUCGCCUUUGGUCUCAUCUUCAUCCUGAACCUGUUCGUCUGGGCACAGGCCUCGAGCACGGCCAUCCCCUUCGGCACGCUGAUUGCCAUCCUAGUUCUCUGGCUGUUCAUACAGCUGCCGCUGGUCUACGUGGGGUCCCGGUACGGCUACGUGCGCGGUGGUGCGUGGGAGCACCCGACCAAGACCAGCCUGGCGCCGCGGCAGAUUCCACAGCAGGUGUGGUACAUCAGGCGCACGCGGUCCGUGCUGCUGGCGGGGCUGAUCCCGUUCGCGGUCAUCUUCAUCGAGCUCCUGUUCGUGUUCCAGUCCGUGUGGCAGGACAAGAGCGGCUACUACUACGUCUUUGGGUUCCUGUCGGUGGUGUCGCUGAUCCUGAUCGUGACGGUGGCCGAGACGACGGUGGUGACCGUCUACAUCCAGCUGUGCAGCGAGAACUACCAGUGGUGGUGGCAGUCGUUCCUGGUCGGGGGCGCCAGCUCGCUCUGGAUCUUCAUGUACUGCAUCUGGUACUACUUUGCCAAGCUGCACAUCACGGGCUUUGUCAGUUCGAUGCUGUUCUUCACCUACAGCUUCAUAGCCUGCCUGGUCUACGGCCUCCUGACGGGAACGGUGGGCUUCCUCAGCGCGUAUGCCUUUGUGAGGAGGAUAUACGGUGCUAUCAAGGCGGACUGAAAGGCCUUCAGUAUAGCCCUUGAGAGGGGGGCGAGGAGAGAGAGAGAGAGAGAUGACAUUGCAUGAGCGCGGGCCGGCGGGCGAGACGAGCUGGGACGAUUUGGGAUUUUCAACUGCAUCGAUAGCGGCGCACAAUUUUCUAUAUCUGAGGCAUGAGUUACAACUCCAACGGCGUUUCAUGGAGGGAAGAUUACUAUGAUAAUAUUGUUAUUAUUGGGCACGACAACCGUGUGCUCUGGUGAGGGAAUUGGGGGAGAGAAAGGAGAGGACAGGCUCGCCACGAAGUAUUAUGAGAGGAAAGGAAAGGGAGAGAGGAAAACAAGAAAACCCUACAUAUAACAGACAGACAGUUAUGAUGUUAGGAAGUUGGAGCACCUCUUCAAUAACUGUAGUCUCUAAUGAACACACUUUUUAUG